CAGAAGAUUUGAAACCAUUUAGAGAGGGCGCGUUUCCAUCUGUCUGAUGAUUCAAAAUCGAAUGAAUACGUGGGCGGGAAUCCCAAAACACUCUCUCUGACUGACGAUGAGAGGCGCCGGCCGCCGUCGUCCGACGGAGUCUUUAGCUCCGGAUCGCCGUCAUCCUCCAAAUACUCCCACUACUACUGCUACUGCCGAUCCAUGGCAGCAUCUCUCCACUCCCGUCCCCGGCCGCGAUUCAGACGCAAGCUUCUGCAGCAGUCGUCCCUCCAUCGGCGCCGCCCCGAUGCCCAACAUUUCCGACCGAUCCUACCAGACGUCCGCUCUCCGGGCCAUCAACGCAUACCUCGCCUCUCAGUCUGUGCCCUUUGCGCUGAAACAUCCUCUACCUUCCGCCAAGGACAUUACCGAAACCCUAAAGCUUCUGCUCCACCGCCUAGGGUUUGAAUCCAACAAAAUUGAUCAAGAUCUCAGCAACGUAUUGAAGUUCCUCAAAUGUCCCCUAAAGUUGAACAUCAAAUCAGCCCUGCGUGCUCCCGGAACGCCGCAUUCCUGGCCGAAUCUACUCGCGGUAAUUCACUGGCUUGUCCAGAUAAUUAAGUAUAACGAUUUUAAACUGAAUUCUUCGUCGUCUAGCUUUGAAAACGACAAGCAAUUUAUGUACACGUUAAAUAGUUAUUUGAAUUACAUAAAUGGAGAUGAUGAAGCUGUGGUUGCGUUGGAUGAAGAAUGUGUUGGAGAGAUGAGGGAGUGGGCGGAUAAACUGAAUGAACAUGUUAUAGCCGUGGAAGGAAAUGCCAAUGAAUUGGAGGUCAAAUCGGAGGGUUUGAAGGGUGCCACAAGUCAAAAGGAACGUCUGGAGCAGGAAAAGGCAGUGUUGGAGAAGGACGUGUCGAAAUUCCAUGUCAUGAUCGAGCAAUUGAAUGGGCAUCUUUUGGAGGUGAAGAAGAAAUUGGAGGAGAAGGAUAAGUCAUUGGAGGCGAAGGUGGAGGAUAGGAAGAGAAUAUGUGAGGAGAAUGAGGAUUUGAAGAAGAAGAUUGUCGAACAGGGGAUUAAUUCGAGAGAUGCAGAGAGAAUGAAGAGGGAAAUGCAGGCUGUGGAGAGGGAUAUUGAGGAGACGGAGGCUGCAAGAAACGGGUGGGAGGAGAAGAUAUGGGAACUUGAUUCCGAGAUUGCGCAUAAGCUCAAGGAGUUUGAGCGGCUUGCUAUGGAGUGCAAUCAAGCUCUUAGAAGGUUAAAGAUUGGAAACGGAUUUCAAUAUCAGUUGAAUGCCAAUGGAUCCACACCAGCUGAAGUUUUGGGUUCCGAUUAUAAAUCUGUCCUGAAGCCUGCACUUGCUUCAUUCACUGAUGAAAUAAAACGAGGCUCAAUGACUAAAUAUGAAGAGUUAAUCUCUCUCCGGCAACAGUCAGGUGACAAUGCCAUUAAAUUGGAUGAGAAGAUCAAUCGUAUUAAAAUCCUUCAGUCCCAGAUCGAUGAGGCUGAAGCGCAGCUGAAUGCACUGAGGAGUGAAAUGCAUGAAUAUGCAUCAAGAUGUGCAGCUGAAGCGCGAAGACUAGCCAAGGAAGUCGAGUCUGAGGCUCAGAAAAUGUCUCUUGUCGAAAAAGAAGCAGCAGAUUUCUUGAAGACUUCCAAGGCGGAGCUGCAGGUAAAAACGACGCAAACAGAAGAACAAGUCCGGCUCUGUGCUCAGGAGCUCUUCGACCUCAUAAAUUCGGUUUCAUCCCACAAAGAGUACAUGGGAUCGAAAAUUGCCAGGAUGCGAAAUGACCUCCUCGACACUGCUGGUGCUGUAGCAGACAUCUACAAAGAAUAUCGCCCGGCACAAGGGUAGGGUAGGCAGGCGAGCCGCAGCAACUGAGCACGUUGCUGUUCCUAUAUUAUCUUUUUAUGAUACAAACCUUGAAAGUAUGGUGAUUUUCUUCUCUCUCUCUCUCUCUCCAAAAUAUCUAGUUUUCUUUUGCAUUCUUGAGCGUGGUAUCUUCUUGGAAUUAAAAUACUGAAACUUGUUCUUUUAAAUGUGAUAUAUUACUCGCCUGGUUGACCUUU